AUGUACCCUAAUCAAGGGGGAUAUGGCCAACAAGGCCAGCAGUUUCCUAAUCAAUAUGGCCAACAACAGCAAGGAUUUAUGUCCCCUCAACCACAACAGGGCUUCCCUCAACAACAACAGCAGCAAUUUCCUCAACAAUUCCAACCUCAAGGAAUGCAACAAGGUUACAUACAACCUCAACCUCAAAUGAUGAACCAAGGAGGUGGAAUGAUGCCUCAACAGCAAAUGCCCCAACAAGGUUUCAACAACAUGCAGCAGCAGCAGCCGUCUUAUGGUGUCAUGCCUCAACAACAGCAACAAGGCUACCCACAGCAACAACAGCAAGCAUUUGCUUAUGCUCAACCUGCUCCUCCUCAGCCGGCACCAACUACUCAGGCCGUAUCUGCUGUCGGCCCGGGUGUAUCUAGCAAGGUCUCGUUGCCAUUCAUCAAUUCUGCUGAAUUGGCGGACUCUGAACGUGUGUUCUUCCAGUCUGGCCCAACUCAGGCUGGUGUAUUGACUGCUGAAACCGCUCGUAAUGUUUUGGUACAAUCUGGCCUUCCUCAAGAUAUUUUGGGUCGUAUAUGGACAUUGUCAAACGUUUCAGGAGGAACAGCUCUAACAUUCCCUGAAUUUGCAUUGGCCAUGUAUCUUACGAAAUUACAAAUGUCGGGUCAACAACCACCAUUCGCCUUGCCCGAUCCUGUAAAAGCUCAAGUUGUUGCUGCUAAUAUGGUCCUGGCUGCACCCGCUCCAGUACCUGAAGUGCGCUGGGCCAUCACUCCACAAGAAAAGCAACAAUGGGAUCAGAUCUUCAAGACUUGGGAUCCUCAAACUACCGGUUAUGUUUCCGGAGAGCGAGCUAGAAAUGUCUUUUUGCAAUCAGGUCUUUCACCAGACUUAUUGGGGCACAUCUGGACUCUUUGUGAUACGCAGAAUAGAGGAAAGCUGAAUGCAGAUGAAUUCGCUGUGGCCAUGCAUCUUGUAUAUGCUAAAUUAGCUGGUCAAGAUCUACCUCGAGUUCUUCCUCCUGAAUUGGUUCCUCCUUCAACUAGAGAUUUGGAUGAUAUGGCCAACAUGAUGAAGGCACAAGUCGUAAAUAAUAUUCAAAACAAGCAGACCAGUGCUCCAGCCGCAGCAGCUAGCGGUGCUGAUUCCUCGUUACCAGCCUUUUUACGAUCUGUUCCAUCUCCACAAGAUAAACAAGUAAAAGAUCAACAGAGUGCUCAACGUCGUAGAGAUUUAGAAUCUGAACUAGAAUCUAAACGUCGUCAAGUCCGAGAUGCCAAGGACGCUGUUGCAGACACGAAACGAGACGCUAGACGAAUGGAAGAUGAGAUUCGCGAUUUGCGACGCUCUGUAGAGAGCUUGCAACUCGAUCUAGAUUCUCAAUCUCGUACUCGUGACGAUUUAUAUGCUCGUGGUGGCAAUGGUGGUCUUGAUUUAAACGCUGUAUCGCAAAUGGAAACUGAGAUUCGCGGUCUAGCCGACGAAUGUCGGUCUCUUGAAGCUCGUCUGGCUGAGAGAAAAACAGAUGCACUCAAACGUGGUGCUGGUGGCAAUGUAAACCUAUCAUCAUUGAUUCCAGCAACAGCACCAGGAAGUGAUCCUGUAGCAAAUCGAGCUGCACAAAUGUUGUCUCAACGUAUGGCUGCUCUCGGAGGUGCAGGUAGUGACUCUGAAAUAGCUCGAGUCGAAGAAGACCGUAAACGUCGUGAACGUGAAGUUCAAGACUUGUUGGGUGAUGCUCGUAGUGUAGUAGAUCAAUUACGUGGUCUGGGUAGUGGUAGUUCCAAUCACUCUUGGACACCCUCCGACGAGGAUCGUCGCAAGUACGAAGAUGGGGUUGGAUUGACCAGUAGUGAUGCUAAAGGAAUAGUUGAUCGAGCUAGAACCACUGCGCCGUCCUCUGCUCCUUCUAGAACGUCACCAGCACUUAAAACUCAGCCAUCAGCUGCCGCUCUACCAACAUUUUUACGACCAGGUGCAUCACCAACUCCUGGAGCUAGUCCUAGACCAGUAUCGCCAGCUCCCCCUCCAGUACCACCAUCGUUAUCAGCUGCUUCUUCACGAGCUGAAGAAAUGUUUCCAUCUGUGGACAGCUUAUCUGCUAGGUUCCCAUCCCCUGAAGAUAUAGUGUCUGGACGUAGGUCAGCAACACCAACAGCUCCUCAACCAGCCAUAAUUCCAGCUAGAGCACCAUCACCUUUAAGACCUCCUCGUGGUGUAUCGCCAGCACCAAUACCUCAACAACGAGCUGCUCCCCGUCCAGCACCAAAGGAAGAUGAUGAACUCGAAGCACAGAUGGCUAGACUUAUGGCAUUAGAUGCCCAAGCCAACGAGCUGAAUGCUCAACCAAUAUCUGGCAUAUCUAGUCCAAUGUCAUCAACACCAUUAUCUACUCCACUCAUGGGCUCACAACCUGGUAAUAUGUUUAGUAGUAAUCCAAGUACUUUGCCUGGUAGUCCUGCCAUACGAACUGCACCACCAAAUUCUGGUGGUGGUGGAUUCAAUCAAGGUAUAUUUAAUACUCCAGAAGCUACUGCAUCUCUAGCUCCAGCUCCUGUCGUACCAACUCGUGCUGCAGGUGGAAGUGUUCCUGUACGUGCUAGUACACAGAAUGUGAUUGCUCAAGCUCAAGCUGCGAUUCAAGCCGCUAAAGAUCGUAUGGCUAAAGCCAAAGAAGAAUCUAAAGCUGUUGCUCCUAAAACGCCGGCACCAGCUCCUAUCAAGGUUGAAUCUAAUCCAUUUGGAAGUAAUGAUGAUCCGUUCGAUUCUUCUCCGAAUCCAUUCAGUAAUAAUGUAAAUGAUGCUUUUGGAGGGCCUCCAUCUGGAUUUGGUGAUGACCCCAAUCCAUUUGAUUCAAUCUCACGAAAACCAUCUCAACCACGAGCACCAAUCCCUGUCAGCGCUCCGCCUGUAUCUGGUGCUAAUAAGUCCGUGCAAGAUGCUAUUGCUGCUGCCAGAUAUCGAAUGGGUGGUGCAGACGAUGACGACAAUAAUGAUGAAUGGGAUGAUAAACCAAAGAAUACUUCAGCUCCAGGCAAAAUGAGUGACAAGAUGAAGUCGUUGCAAAGUAAUGUCGCUGGUGUUUAUUCUUCUGGUUCUGCAGCUACCAAGAAGCCUGUAGAUGACGAUUGGGAGGUUGUUUCAAACCCUGCAGGAGUCCUGUAUACCAUUCGAGCCUUGUAUAACUAUGAUGCAGCUAAAGCUGAUGAUUUGAGUUUGAUGGAAGGCGAUGUGGUUGGUGUCGAACGAGAAGAAGGAGAAUGGCUAUUUGGAACCAAGAAUGGAUCUUCUGGAUGGUUCCCAAAAACCUACGUAGAAACCGUUCCAGGUGGUUCAGCAAGCAAUGGAUCUGCUACUGGCAGUUCAGGUCCUAUGGCUGAAGUGUUGUACGACUAUGCUCGAGUCAAUGAAGAUGAGUUGACUGUCAUCCAAGGAGAACACGUCGGUAUAAUAGACAAGUCUGAUGCUGAUUGGUGGCGAGUUGAAAAUCAAUUCAAAGAAAGUGGACUAGUUCCAGCAACAUAUCUAUCCGAAGUAGCGUCGGGUUUUGAGCGAGGGCCUGGUGGUGGUAAAAGCAGUGUACGACCAGGCCCGGUACGUAGCAAGACGGGGGCUAGUGUGGUAGGAAAGCCUAGCAGUGGUGGUGGUGUUGGUGGUGUGUUGAAUGAUAGUAUGAAUAUAAAUAGUAAACCAGGAAGUGCAGCAACGUCUCCUAGUGGACGUAGCCCUGGACUUUAUGUCACGAGUCCGCCCAGAUCCGCUGUUAUCGCAGCUAGCAAUCCGUUUUCACCUGAUGGUGAUCCGUUUGCUAGUGGUGAUGAUCCGUUUUUGGUUGCUGACAAUACUGCUUCCUCGAAUGUGGCGUCUCGUAAGACUUCGCUUUCUACGAAUGGAGCUAGACCAAGUUUCAAUUCUGGACCUACUGCUCAAUAUUGGUCGAAUCAGGUCGAUCCUGUUUUAUUGGACUCGUUGGAUCCUGAUGAACGCAAACGACAAGAAGCUAUAUACGAAUUGAUUUCAACUGAAAAGAGUUAUGUACGAGAUCUUCAGCUCAUUAUUGAGGUUUUUUAUCAUCCGAUGUCUGGUCUAGUGACCCCAGACAAGCUGAACGGAAUCUUUUCCAACAUUGAAGAGCUCUUAUUUACGAACACGUUGAUAUUAUCGGAUUUUGAAUCUCUUCAAGAAGCGUCUCAUUAUUACAUUCAAAGUGUGGGGGAUGUGUUUGUGAAGCAUUCGCCAUCUCUGGAAUGCUAUAGCAUUUAUUGUGGCAAUCAAUCCCUCGCUGCAAAACUAUUGCAAAAGCUUCGGCAAGACGAUAAACGACUAGGAGACUUUUUAAAGUCGUGUCAGAAAAAUCCGAAAUGUCGAGCAUUAGACUUGACUUCCUUCUUAUUGGAACCCAUGCAACGUAUAUUGCGAUAUUCGAUACUCCUAGAAAAGGUAUUGCAUUAUACGCCCAAGAAUCAUCCAGAUCAUCAGAAUGUAAUUCUGGCAAUGAAUCUGAGUGAAAAGAUUGCUGGUCGUGUGAAUGAAGCUGCACGAGAAAAGGAGGCUUUGGCUCAUGUUAUACAGAUUGCGAAGUUGGUUGAUGUUGGUGAUGAGAACAUUGAUUUGUCUAGUCCUACAAAGUUUAUGGGUCCUCGUUCUCUCGUCUUGGAAGGACCAUUGGCCAAGACCAAAUCAGGUCGGAAAUUGCAUGGCUACCUGUUUAAUGACAUAUUGCUGCUUGUGGAGCCCAAGACUAAGGCCGAUGCCAGAGGAUUCCAGUACAUUCUUUAUCGAAGGCCCAUGUAUCUUACCGAUAUCGUUGGACGUGAGGUACCAGUCAUGGGGUCUGGUAGAAUGGAUGGUGCAGAUGAUUCUUGCUUCCAAGUAGUUUUUGGUGAAGAAAUCAUUACAGUGCGUGCUGCAUCGGUUGCAGAGAAGCGGAAGUGGCUUACCAAUAUUGAAAACCAAUGCGCCAUUAUAAGAGCCAUGUUCUCAUAA